UUCAAAGAUUUGGGGAAGCAAAGGCGUAAUACUUAAUAGCGUGAUAUUCUUUUGUCUUUCAGAAGUACAAAUAUAAUGUCAGGUGGCUGAAAAUUUGCUUAUCAAAAUGUCAAAAAGGCCAUCUUAUGCCCCACCUCCUACCCCAGCUCCUGCAACCCAAAUGCCCAGCACACCAGGGUUUGUGGGAUACAAUCCAUACAGCCAUCUGGCCUACAACAACUACAGGCUGGGAGGGAACCCGGGCACCAACAGCCGGGUCACGGCUUCCUCUGGUAUUACCAUUCCAAAGCCCCCCAAACCCCCAGACAAGCCCCUGAUGCCCUACAUGAGGUACAGCCGGAAGGUCUGGGACCAAGUGAAGGCGUCCAAUCCUGAUUUGAAGUUAUGGGAAAUUGGCAAGAUUAUUGGAGGAAUGUGGCGAGAUCUCACUGAUGAAGAGAAGCAAGAGUAUUUGAAUGAAUAUGAAGCUGAAAAGAUAGAGUACAAUGAGUCCAUGAAGGCCUACCACAACUCUCCUGCCUACCUGGCCUACAUCAACGCCAAAAGCCGCGCUGAGGCUGCGCUGGAGGAGGAGAGCAGGCAGAGGCAGUCCCGCAUGGAGAAGGGGGAGCCCUACAUGAGCAUUCAGCCCGCAGAAGACCCCGAUGAUUACGACGAUGGAUUUUCUAUGAAGCACACAGCCACAGCUCGUUUCCAGAGAAACCAUCGUCUCAUCAGUGAGAUUCUGAGUGAAAGCGUGGUGCCUGAUGUCCGCUCUGUUGUCACUACAGCUAGAAUGCAAGUUCUUAAACGCCAGGUUCAGUCCUUGAUGGUUCAUCAGCGUAAACUGGAAGCUGAGCUUCUGCAGAUCGAGGAGCGUCACCAGGAAAAGAAGAGGAAAUUUUUGGAAAGCACAGAAUCCUUUAACAACGAACUUAAAAGGUUAUGCAGUUUGAAGGUGGAAGUGGAUAUGGAAAAAAUCGCAGCUGAAAUUGCUCAAGCUGAGGAACAGGCUCGCAAGAGGCAGGAGGAGAGGGAAAAAGAAGCAGCUGAGCAAGCCGAGCGCAGUCAGAGUAACAUGGCAGCUGAGGAGGAACAGGCAGCUAACAAGAUAGAGGAGAAGAAAGAAGAGGAGAGUGCUCCGAUGGAGACAGAAGAGCCUCACCCAGAGGAGAGCACAGAAAACCAGCAGAACGGAGAAGAAGGAACGUCCACCCCGGAUGAUAAGGAGAGCGGCCAGGAAGGGGCCGACAGCACGGCCGAGGAGGGGACCAGCGACAGCAACACGGGCUCUGAGAGCAACAGCGCGACGGUGGAGGAGCCACCCGCGGACCCCAGCGCUGAGGACAGCGAGAAGAAAGAAUAAAUAUUGACUCGUUUCAUGUGUCUCUCUUUUAAUGAAGUGCUGUUUUGAUUUCA